AUGGUCAACGACAUCGACGUCGUCCGAUCUUCGAGCCACGGCUCUUCGGCCGCCAAGGACUCUUCCAAGGAAGAGCUCGCCAAGCCUGGCGCAGAAGAGAUCCACAAUGUCGAGAAGCACCUCCAGGCUGACUUCCUCGACCACCGUAUCAAUGACCCGAACAUGGAAACCGAGAAGAUCGACGCUGUCGAACGCGUCAUCGAGCAGGGUGACUACAAGGCCGAGGCUCAGAUCGAGGAGGACCUCGAAGAGGAUUCACCGUACCCCGAGGUUCGCGCGGCCGUCUCCAACGUUGACGACCCUUCCAUGCCCGUCAUGACCUUCCGUACAUGGGUCCUUGGCUUGCUCUUCACCAUUGUCAUUCCAGGCGUCAACCAGCUUCUCAGCUACCGAUACCCAACUGUUACCAUCACCUCGUUCGUCGCUCAGCUGCUCGCUUACCCCAUGGGCUGCUUCAUGGCCAAGGUCCUCCCCACCAAGGUCUUCAAGCUCGGUCGCUUCCAGUUCACCCUGAAUCCCGGCCCUUUCAACGUCAAGGAACACUGUGUGAUCACCGUGAUGUCCAAUGUGACCUACCAGCGUGCCUAUGCCUCGAACGUCUCCGCCGUCCAGCGUAUCACCUACGGUUUUGACUGGGGCUUCGGCUACAUUAUCCUCCUCGUUCUCAGUUCGCAGCUCAUCGGCUUCUCCAUGGCGGGCUUUUUCCGUCGAUGGCUCGUCUGGCCCGCUGCCAUGAUCUGGCCUGGUAACCUCGGUAACACGGCGCUCUUCACCGCUCUUCAUCGACAGGUCGACACCGGCAGCAACCACAUGUCGCGAUACAAGUUCUUCCUGAUCGCUUGCGCAAGUGCCUUCUUGUUCUAUUUCCUUCCUGGCUACCUCUUCACGCUCAUGUCGGUUGGAAACUGGUUCUGCCUCAUCGCUCCCCACAACGUGCCACUCAACCAAAUGCUCGGCACUCAGCAGGGCCUUGGCCUUAUCCCUCUUACUUUCGACUGGAACCAGUACUCGUACGUCGGCAACCCCUUGUAUACACCAUGGUGGGCGCAAGCGAACGUCCUCGGAGGUUUCCUAUUCUGCUAUUGCUUCAUCGGCCCCAUUCUCUACUACAAGAACGUCUGGAAUUUUGCCUACCUGCCUUACUCGACCAGCGGCGUCUAUGACCGGUUCGGAAAGAAGUUCAAGACCGCAAAGGUCACCACCCCGGACCACCUUCACUUUGACGCUGCCGGUUACAAUGCCUACUCGGAGCAGUACUUUUCGGUCACGUACGCCAUCUCGUUUGCUCUCUCGUUUGCUUCGAUCACUGCAGUCAUUGUGCACGUUGGUCUCUUCCACGGCAAGCAAAUCUACAGGCAGCUCACAACCUCGAUCACCGAGGAGCGCGACAUCCACGCCCGACUUAUGCAGCGAUACCCCGAAGUGCCCAAGCUCUGGUACGCUGUGCUCUUUGUCAUCUGCUUCGCUCUCGGUGUCGGCUGCACUGCUGGUUACGCCACCGACUUCCCUGUCUGGGCUUUUAUCAUCUCCCUCAUCAUCGGUGCUUUCUUUAUGCUGCCCGUCGGUAUCGUGUACGCCAUCUCCAACGUGGAGGUGGGUCUCAACGUCAUCUCCGAGUUCAUCAUCGGCUACAUGCACCCCGGUUCGGCCACGGGCAUGAUGAUGUUCAAGGUCUUCUGUUACAUGUGCGUCUACCAGGGUCUCUCGUUCACUGCCGACAUGAAGCUCGGCCACUAUAUGAAGGUUCCCCCUAGGGACAUGUUUGUCGCCCAGGUGACAGCCAUCGUGGUUUCGUCCUUUGUCGUUCUCGGUGUCCAGAGCUGGGUCUUCUCCAACAUCAACAAUGUCUGCACCGACGAAGCCUCGGAUGGCUUCACCUGCAACUACCUCAUCGUCUUUGGUACCGCCUCGCAGAUUUGGGGUCUCAUCGGCCCUGGUGCCGUUUUCUCGCCUGGCAAGCAGUACGGCAAGCUGUUGUGGAUGUUCAUGGUUGGUGCUAUCUUCCCCGUCAUCGUUUGGGGCCUCGCCAAGAGAUUCCCCCGCUCGUUCAUCCGCAAGGUCAACUCGCCCGUCAUCUUUACCGGUACGGGCCUCAUGCCUCCUGCCACAGGUAUUAAUUUUACCGCGUGGGCGCUGUGUGGUUUCGUCUUCAACUACUGCAUGAAGAAGUACCGCACCGGCUGGUGGACACGAUACAACUAUGUCCUCGGUGCCGCCAUGGACACAGGCACGGCCGUCUCGGCCGUCGUCAUCUUCUUCUGCCUCAUCUUCCCAUCGGGUUCCCAGAGCGACUUUGCUUCCACCGGCUGGUGGGGCAACACCGCCGCUAGCAACACAGCCGACGGCAACUUCACUUCGUACCUGACUCCUCCGAAGACUGGCUUCAUGCCUCCUCCUAGCGAGUUCAGGCCUUACUACAACUAA